UCGAUCCGUUUUUGGGCUCAGAUUGGCGCUAAAGUGACGCGCUACCACGGGAAUGUGAAGUUUAGUGAAAAUUGCUCCAAAUUUCUGUGAAAUGUGGCGAAAUAAUUUUUCACUUUCGGAAGGCGAAAUAAUCAUGAUUUUCCUGUUCCCAUUUUGCUGUGCUACUGCGAUUGAGGGCCGUGCGGAGCACCAUUGUCGGCUGUAGUUAAUCCUUUCACAUCGUUAUCGUAAAAGAAAAAAGAGAUUCGCUCCCGAUUCGGGGCUUCCUGAUAGCAAAGCUUCGGCUGUUUGCCUCGUUCAUCCGGACCGGAUUCCCUUAAUCGCACUGUGUGACUCAUCGUAAGCGGCUGUACUCUGAAUGAACAGGCUAGUUUCUUUGGCGGGUCGGUUUUAGUAUUUUUCUACAAAAGGAGAAAGUAAACCCUUUCGAGCUCGGCCACCGUAACACAAAGAGGGAUCCAAAAAUGACCACAACCCGGGAGGAUGUUCUGCUGCAGAUGGGCGAAGUGCGGUUCAAGAAAGGCGACGGAACGCUGUACGUCAUGAACGAGCGGAUCGCCUGGAUCGCGGAGCACCGGGAUACGGUCGCGGUGUCGCACCGCUUUCAAGAUAUCAAAAUGCAAAAAAUUUCCCCGGAGGGGAAACCAAAAAUUCAGCUGCAGGUUGUCCUGCACGACGGUAACAGUUCAACGUUCCACUUCGUCAACCGUAAUGGGCCCCAGGCACAGAUGGUUGACCGUGAUAAGGUGAAGGAGCUGCUACAGCAGCUUCUGCCCAAUUUUAAGCGUAAGAUCGAUAAAGAGCUGGAGGAGAAAAAUCGGAUUCUGACGGAGAAUCCGUUGCUGCUGCAGCUGUACAAGGACCUCGUUAUCACACAAGUGCUGCCCAGCGAGGAGUUCUGGGCGAACCAUGCGAAGCAAUACAUGUCCAAGGACCAGUCCCAGAAGCAGGACAUUGGCGUGUCCGGAGCCUUUCUUGCGGACAUUAAGCCGCAAACGGACGGUUGCAACGGGCUGCGAUAUAAUCUCACGUCCGAUGUAAUCGAAUGUAUCUUCAAAACCUAUCCGGCUGUCAAACGGAAACAUGCGGAGCAUGUUCCUGACAAGCUGACGGAGGCAGAAUUCUGGACGAAGUUUUUCCAAUCGCAUUACUUCCACCGGGAUCGAAUAGUUGCUGGUACCAAAGAUAUCUUCAACGAAUGUGGCAAAAUCGACGAUCAACAGUUGAAGCAAGCGGUACAAGAAAAUCUUGGGGAUCCACUUUUGGAUAUCCGAUCGUUCGAGGACAAUACGCUGGAGGAAGGUUUCUGCAGUGCUGCUUCUAGCAAGCAGACCGUCAACAGUGGCAACAUCGUGCAUCAAAGCAUGAUCAAACGUUUCAAUCAACACUCGUUUAUGGUUUUGAAAACUUGCACAGACGUGAAGACUUUAAACCAGGGCAUCGGUGCGAUCCUAAAUGCCACUCCUGCAACCACUAAUGGUGAAACCAACGGAACCAAGGACAAAUCCAAAGGGAACACUUUAAACAACAAUAACCACCUGAUAAAUGGGUUCAAUAAGAAGGAAAAGCGUUCCCACGAGAACAAUCAUAUUAGCACUAAUGGUGAUAUAAAUGGCAGUCACAAUAAAGCUGUUGAGUCGUUGGUCGAACCGGCUAUCAAACGUGCUCGAAUUUUGGAGAAAAUCCACUACGACGAUCUGGAGGAUGACGUCGACCCGAGCAAACAGUCCAAACAGUUGAAUCUAACGAAAAUCGAACGCUAUCUGCACGGACCGGUUCCAACCGGGGCUGGAACAUCGGGCAGCGGCUCGAGCUUCCACGAUCACCAGUCGGCGGCAGCGGCGGAUUACGGUUUGCCCGAUCUGGAUUCGGUCAACGGGUACGUUAUGCAGGCCACCGGUUCGUGGAACAAUCGAACUCCGCACAAAGUGCUCGUUAGCGCGGCAUCCGCCGUUAAUGCCCUGAUGGAGCUGAGUCCCGGUGGGACACUGAUGCGGGGCUUCCAGGAGCAGAGCUUAGCUCAACUGGUACCACCCGACAUCGAAAAGGAGAUUCGGCAUCUCUAUCUGUCGCUGCUGGAGCUGUUGAAGCACUUUUGGAAGUGCUUUCCGCCUACCACUCCCCAGCUGGAGACUCAGGCGACGCGCAUGCACGAGGCGCUACAGCGAUUUUCGAUGGCCAAGUUGAAACCGUUCGAAGACCGUGCCAUGAGAGAACUGUUGCCAUUGGGAGCGUCCCUGACGCAGCAUUUAAAUCAGCUUCUGCAGUCGGCCAACCGGAAGUACGCCACCUGGCAGGAACGGCAGCGUCGUUCGCACAGGUAGCACCAUUCGCCAGCAUCACCUUCCUCGCCGGUUCACCAUCACCACCACCACCACCACCACCACCAUCAUUACCAGCAUAAUCAUACCGACCCGGUGCGCAUCUAUCCUCAUGAUCGCAAACGGCAGCAUCACCAAUAAAACCAAUUUGCCACCACCAACGACAGUAGCAGCAGUAGCAGUAAAGGUAACACAUGUUUCAAAGCAUGGAAAUUUAUUGGAUUGGAUUUCUGGCGAACAAUCUAUAAUACAACACGUCCUGUGUCUGAUUUCAAGUGAGGGGGAGUUCUCUUGCCCUCCGAUUUAGUUUAUUUGUUUCAUGUUUUCAAACACCCCGAACAAAAAAAAAAUGGUUAAAUCUGAAAAUUGUUAUAUUUUUCGGAUAUUUAAAAAAACGCUGAAUGAAGUCUGUUGAACAGUCGAGCAAGUGACAUUACUAAACUGUAAAUCGAAAAUAAAUUGUAACACCCUCCACAGGGGGGCGGGCAGUGAUUAAAUAAACUAAAAUUAAACAUUCAUAACAAUUGCAUAGAAACUAGUGAUAUUUGAAAAGGUAUGGAUCAAAAGGGGAGACGAAAGACACUGACUGUUUUAUCGAGGUGUUUCCUGGCGAGAAGGGUCUGCUGCAUUUGAUUCUCGUCGAUUACCGCAUCACUCUUCUCGAGACUAAGCUGUGGUAAAAUAAAAUAACAGCAGUAUAUAAUGUGGCUGAGAAUGCCUUCUUUUGCGACGAGCUUUGUUUUGGCCAACAAAAAAUGAAUCGAAUCAAAACUGUAAAGAAUUAAUCUAAGGAAGUGCUGAACAGAUUGGAACAGAAAAUCAAUUAUCCUCAAAUUACCGACGGAUUUUUUUCCACCAACAAUGGAAAAGCAUCUGUAAAAUAGCUGAUAACACAACUGAUAUAUACAAAACACUAGUAGUAUGUAAGAGGCGCGACGCAAGCAAAAUGUGCGCUUGUUUUAAUAAACAGAAAAAAAAUCUACUCUGAGUUUAAUCUCUCGCUCAGGCUGGCAUUUUGCUUGACCAAUUUUUUCUUUAUCCUGAGCUGUCCUCCUAAGUUUCGCGGAGAGUAUAACUUUUGAAACUUUUGGCCAAUCUUACACUGUGCAAACCGUGCAGGUUGUUGUUGAAGAAAGUCUUCGCUCUAGAAUAUGUUACCCGUUUACGUUCCGCUUUAUUUUGUUUCUAAUUUCAGUAGUUUAGGAUAUUUUCGUAAAAUGGUAUGUGAUUUUGUUUGUUUUUAGCUCGGAAGGGGGAUAAAAUUAAAGGAAAGAUGAUGCCUUGCUGUGGCAACUUGCGAAUAGAAUAGUCUGAAAAGAAAAGAUAGAGGGUUAUCGAAAUUGAGAAAAAGUAACUUGAGGAUAAUAAGAAAAUGGUUUAGCUAAUAAUACACUUGAGGUACAUAAAUAUAAGUACGGUCGUAAGUCGAAGCGCAGCAAUCUGAUUGAAAGUUGUAAGAAAGUCACGAUAACAUAUUCAGCAUCCAGCGAUCCAGCGGUAUCAUUUAUACGAAGAUAUAAAAUUUGAACAACACAUAAUAAAAGUG